GAUUCAUUCACCCGUGCUGAAAAUAUAGUUAUUCAUCUAUGCCGCAUGAUCCGCCACCCGAAAUGCAGCUCGGGACUUCGAUGUGGGCCGGGCGGAGAGCAUGUACCGUCAUGAUAUCGAAUGGCGAAAGCAAAACGGCGUAGACGACAUGCUGAAAAACUACAAGAUUCCGCAGAUCGUGAAGGAAAACUUUCCCGGUGCAAUCCUGCAUCCGUGUAAAGAUGGCUGCCCUAUGUGGAUAGUUCCAGCCGGCAUCAACGUAAAAGCAUUCCUUGCAGCGUUGACACCCGAGGUCGUACAACGCCACAGCAUCUACCAGCUGGAGUACCUGGAGUCUCUCAAGAGAUCGGCAUCAAAAGAGGCAGGCCAGGAGCUGGAGACACAGUACCUGGUGAUCGACUUCGACAAUUUUAGCAUACGCAACAUCUACAGCUGGCAGGUGGUCAAGGCAAUCACGGACAUGUUGCAAAUGAUGGAGGACCACUUCCCCGAGUGCCUUGAAAAAUGCAUUGCGAUUAACGCGCCUAGCUUUUUCCCCAUCCUGUGGAAACUGAUUCGGCCAUUCCUGACCCAGAGGACGGCGGACAAAGUGGAAGUCUUCGGUAAAGCGGACGGCUGGAAAGAGCUUUUGCUGAGCAUCAUGGACGCAGCAUCUCUUCCGGCCCACUGGGGCGGUGACAUGGUGGGACCAGGCAACGACCCGAGAUGCAGGCACAAGGUGAAUUAUGGCGGUCGCUUUGAAGAGGGUGUGGAACGAGGCGAAUCACUGUUCGGUGAAGCUGGCAUCGAGCAGCGAACCAUCAGUCGCCGCGACCGAUGGGAGCUGCAGGUUGGCGUAACAAAGCCGGGCGCGCGAAUCAGCUGGCGAUUCCAGGUGGCCGCCGGAGAUCUGGCGUUCGGAUUGCGCUUGCUGACAGGAGAACCCCUGGUGCCUUUGCGACGGGUGGAGACAUGUACUCACGCACCGCAGGAAGGCAGCUGGUUCUGCGAUUCGCCUGGGACAUAUGUGCUCGAAUUCGACAACACCCACAGCUGGUUCACGAGCAAGACUUUGGCUUACGAGGUGAACGUACAUAUCCCGGAGGAGGCUUAUUGAUCACAAGUCGGCGCGUCAACGUGGCGCUUACGAACAGAAGAGCGCGGCCCCGAUAGCGCCAGAGUUUCUCACUUUUUUUCACGGCCAGUGAAUUUUCUAGGCAAGUAGACGAAG